UCAUUUCCAGAAUAAAAUUAUACUACGAAAGGCAAGUGUUGAUUGAUUCCAAUUCCAAAACAAUCCUCAUGUAAACAUGGCACCUGUGGAAGUUAAUGUGUGUGCAAAUGAGGCUGAAGUUAUUUCUUCAGUAUCCAAAUUAAUAGAAAGUAAAGCUUCGGAAGCGAUUAGUAAAAAUAACUGCUUCCGAGUAGGUUUAUCUGGUGGUAGUUUGAUUAAGUUUCUGUGCAAAGGAUUGCCUACUAUAAACACAACUUGGGAAAAAUGGCAAUUCUUCUUCUGCGAUGAAAGGCAUGUUCCUUUUGAUCAUCCUGAAAGUACUUUUGGUUGUUACAAACGUGAUCUCUUAAAGGUUGUGCCAGUUACUGAAGAACAGUUCGUUACUAUGAAUCCUAAUAUCUCUGUGCGAGAAGCUGCUAUAGACUAUGCUCUUAAAAUUGAGCAAGAAUUCAGAAUCUCAUUAUCGUCCAUUCCAAAGUUUGAUCUUCUGCUUUUAGGUAUUGGACCUGAUGGUCACACUUGCUCACUUUUUCCAAAUCAUCCCUUGUUGAAGGAAGAAAGACACUGGGUUGCUGCCAUAACCGAUUCUCCUAAACCUCCUCCUUGCCGUAUUACAUUAACUUUACCAGUAUUGAACAAUGCUAAAUGUGUUGUAUUUGUUACAACUGGGGAAUCGAAAGCAGAAACUCUCAAAGAUAUUCUUGAAGGGAAUGGUUUAAAUCCUCUUCCUGCAGCAAUGGUACGUCCAACCCAAGGGGAAUUGCAUUGGAUUGUGGAUAAGGAAGCUGCAAAACUUCUCAUUUAAUGCAUUGCAUUUUACUUCAUCCACUGGCUUGUGGAGGAAGAUCAAAAUAUAAAAUGGCUUUGUGAUGUUAUGCCUUAUAUGUUGUGAUAUGGUUAUUCUCUUGAAGUUUUAUACUUAAAAAAAAAAGCAUAGUGCUGGUUAUAUAUUUUUAUUUUCAUAUAAGAUGUUAUGUUUUUUACAAAAAUAAAAAUCUUUACUUUAAAAAAUC